CGACAGUCGUAUCAUAAUCGUCGGGCGAACUACGUUCCGCCUGAUUAGAGACAGUGUCAGUCAGUUUUUGUGUAGUUAUUAAUUAUUUAUUAAAAGAUUUGGGAGUUAUCAGUGCGAAUCGCACACACAAUCACAGUAUUUUAGCAGGACGCGUUUAUACCGGUUUUUCUGACGACAACUUCCUAGUUUUAUGGCCUUAUGAUUAACCAAAACUGGAUUGGGAUAAAAAAUGUGGUUGUUCCUAAUAAUAUGGACGCUAGUUGCACUUUUCUCAAUAAAAAUCUUCAACAAACUUUCCACUGGGAAAUGCUAUGCGGACACAGUCAUGAGUGGCAAAGUAGUGGUGGUCACAGGUGCCAGUGGGGGUAUAGGCUUCGAGACAGCUUUAGAAUUAGCUAGAAGAGGAGCUAAGCUAAUAAUAGCUUGUCGAAGCCACGAGAAAGGCGAAAAAGCCGUCAGGAGAAUCAUUAGACGAGCGAACAACAAAAGAGUUCGCUUCAUACAUUUAGAUUUAACUUCUCUAUCAUCAGUCAGAAAAUUCGUACACGAGCUCGAAACGUCUGAAGCGAAAUUGGACGUUCUUAUUAACAAUGCUGGGGCAAUUUGUACUACCAGAGAAAAAACUGAAGAUGGAAUUUUAAAGGAUUUACAAAUAAACUAUUUGGGACCGUUUUUGUUGACCGUACUUUUGAUUCCGAUGCUCAAGAAAGCAGCGCCGAGUCGAGUUGUAGUAGUUUCGUCUUCGUGGCAUAAGUUUGGGACUACAGAGGACUUGAAUAGUGAAAAAUACGGGUACAUCCAAUCUUAUGCGAACAGUAAGCUGUGUAAUGUUAUAUUCAGUAAGGAGUUGGCGAGAAGAUUGGAAGGUACUGGGGUGGAUGUGAACAGUCUGAAUCCGGGGCAGGUUAACACGUCUCUAUAUAGGAGUUCCACAGUUUUGGAGAAGAUUAGGAGUCUUUUGCUGUACGCGUUUUUUAAGACCCCGGCGGAAGGGGCACAGACGUCCGUCUACUUGGCGGUGUCGUGUGAAUGCGAUCAGAUCAGUGGGAAGUAUUUCGAGGACUGUCAGGAAGUGAGGGCGUCUUAUAAAGCUGAUGACGAGGAGUCUGCAGCUAAGUUAUGGGCCGUGUCGCAGGAACUGGUCAGAUUGACACCGGAUGAGAUAGGCAAAUGUUUUGGCGAGGUGUCGUAAUUUAUAUGUUAGAUUAAUUGAUAAGGUGUUUUUCAAAGGUCAUAGAUAAAGGUUCAUUAAUUGUGACACAUUUGUAUAUAUGCCAAACGCUGUGUUUUAGAGUGUUUUUGUCCAAUCAUACGGUGUGAUAUUUUUAUCCUCAUCUAAUAAUACCUGUUUAGUCUAAUUAACACGUCUCCGCUCCGUUCCGCUUCAGUGAAAACGCAUCUUUAAGCGCAAGAUAUACCUGCGGAGUAGAGUUGAGCCGAGCGCAGGAUCUUUUUUGAUAAUCACAUAAACUCAGUUUUAUUUACUUUGACAUACGGUUGUUAUAACGAAUCGCUUAGAGCGCCAUCGGUAUGCUAGAGUAAAUAAAGCCAAGUUUGAGUUGUAAAAAAAAUUAGCUAAUUGACACUGACUGCAGUGGGGACUGCAGACAGAAGUGAAAACUUAAAAUUAUAAAUUACAAUAAAUAAUAAUAAUACAACAAAUAAGUUUUUUUGUCAAAUGUCAAAAUAAUUGUAUGGUUUAUAUCAACCGGCACUGCGAGCUCUAUUAACGGUCGCGUCGGUCACGCAACCUGAAAUUUUUAACCAUCCCAAAAAACGCUUUGACUCAUUUCCACUCCACUCUGCAGGUAGGCAUUGCGCUUUACACAGCCUGAUCAUACAAUGUAUCGGUUUGGUAGACCCCAUCCUUAUAACUGACAGGUGGCGACUAUUGCGCAACAAUCGCAUCUCUUUUCUGAUGUCACACGAAUUUUUAUGUACUAAAAAUGCGUUGUAAGUAUGUCGUCUCGUGAUAUAUGAUCAAAAUAUUCGAUAUCACACUUAGCAUAUUGGUUAGAGCUAGGUUAUUAGUUAUCACUAGUCACACCAAAAUCACAGGAUCUAGC